AUGUAUCUUUCUAGUCAUACUGUCGGCCCAAUGCGAGCAGCAAAGAUUUUCGUAACAGAUUUAAAAAAUCGCAAUAUUUUUGAAAAGGUAAAUAGACUUCGGAUCGAUCUAUAUGGAUCAUUGGCCUUAACCGGCAAAGGUCAUGGUACUCCUAAUGCAAUUUUAAUGGGAAUGGAAGGUGAAACUCCCGAGGAAAUUGACACAUCUACUAUAAAAUCGCGAAUAUCCAACAUUAAUGAAACAGGUAUGCAACAAUCAUUACAUGGUGAUCCUUUGAUUACUAGUGAAUUUUUUUCAAUAGGCGGUGGCUUUGUGGUUGAAGAAACCACCGUUCAACAACAUGGUGACAACCUUUUUUAUAAAGAUUAUGAUAAAUCUUCAGUCGACUUACAGCGUGCAAGGCAAGAUGAGGCUGUUACUAUUGCUGCGUUACCUUUUCGAAAUGCUGAAGAAUUAUUAAAUGUUUGCAAACGAGAAUGCAUGACAAUUGCACAAGUUGUUUACCAUAAUGAACUACAAUGGCGAACUCCCGAGCAAAUUAAAAAUAAAAUAAUGGACAUUUGGAAUACAAUGAAUCAAAGCAUUCAAAAUGGAUGUAUUAACACUGAAGAAUAUUUACCGGGUAAUCUAAAAGUACGAAGGAGAGCUCCAAGGUUAUACCAGAAACUAAUAAGUGGAAUAAAUGAACCUCCACCUCUGAAAGUGACAGAUAAUUUGCUAGUGCCAAGCACAAGUUACAAAAAAGUUAUUCCACGAAAACUUUGGAAACAACUCACGUUACCUGUCUUGGACUAUAUCUCAUUGUAUGCUAUUGCGGUUAAUGAGGAAAAUGCUUCUGGUGGACGGGUGGUUACUGCACCAACUAAUGGCGCAGCCGGCGUAAUUCCCGCUGUGCUAAAAUAUAUUUUGGAGUUUAUAUCUGAUAAUCAUACACGGGAUAUCAUGGAAUUUCUGUUUACUAGCGCCGCUAUAGGUAUGCUUUACAAACGAGGUGCAAGCAUUAGUGCAGCUGAAAUGGGUUGUCAAGGAGAAGUUGGUGUUGUAGAGAACGCGGCGGAAAUAGGAAUGGAACAUAAUCUAGGCUUAACGUGUGAUCCAAUAGAUGGACUUGUGCAAAUUCCCUGUAUAGAACGUAAUGCUCUUGGUGCAAUCAAGGCUAUAACCGCUGCUCAAUUAGCAUUAAAUGGUGAUGGAAAUCAUAGAGUUACUUUGGAUCAAGUAAUUGAGACUAUGCGGCAGACUGGGUUAGACAUGCAAAGCAAAUAUAAAGAAACUAGCCAAGGAGGGUUGGCUGUUAACGUUCCUCUAUGUCCAGGAGCGGGUGGUGUGAGGAAUUGGAAUUACAAUACUAUCGAGGAUUGGUUUCGUGAUGGAAUUAGAUUAUCUAAAGGCAUGACUCACAAAAAUGCCCUUGCUGAAUU